UAAAAAUAUAUAUUUAUAUAUGUAAUAAACAUAAAUAAUUUAAAUUGAGGGAAAAUACAUUAAUUUUUUAAAGUAAGGGCGCAGCUAUAACACAGCCAACAAGAAUUGGAAUAGUAUCUAUUGAUUGUGAAAAAAAAUUUUGCAGAGAAUUUUACACAUGUUAAGCAAAGAAAGACCGAAAAAAAACUUGGCGAAAAAGUGCGUAUUGAUGUGAAAAGUUAUUAACAUUUUUGAAUGAGUUUGUAAAAAAUUUUAAUAGAAAAAUUGUGUAACAUUAAAAAAAAAGUCUAAUACCGAAGUGAAAAAAUACCGACAAACAAUUUCUUCGAAAAUUAUUAAGAACUGAGACACAUAAAAAGGGGAGAAAAAACUCAAAGCUAAAAAAAUUAGCAAGCUAAUAUAAAAAAAAAAGUGUAAAACACGAAAAAGAUCAAUAAAUCGAUUUUUGUAUUCCCUCUCAUCUGAUUCUUACCCAUCAGUCUUCAUUUUUGUACUUUGUUUGUAUGUGCAUAGUGUAAAAGAACACUCCUCUUUACACCGUUUUUCUUAACUUGAGUUUGCGCGUGAUUGUAUAUAUGUAUACAUUUUCAAAUGUGUGUGUUAAUAUUAGACUUAUAAAGAGAACACACUGAUUCCUCGGCGUUAUGUUUUUAUGUGCGCACGAUUUUAAAGCUGAUGAACUCUGAUUUACAAAUCUGCUAAAACUCUGCUGGCGUUGACAUCACUGUUUAGAAGAGUAAAUUUGCUUAAAAAAAGAAAAGAAAUAAAAAAAAAACAACAUUUCGCCUAUACAUAGUAAAUUAGAGAAGUUUGUGUUUGGUUAUUGUUUCAAUCAACAUAGAGGGAGAGAGAGAGAGAGAGAGACAGAUUGAGAAUAAACUUUCUUGCAGCAAAUAAGAAAAAUAACUGUCCGUCAUUUUUUCUCUCUGGAAUAAUUCAAAAGUAAAUUGUAAAACAAUAAAAAUGGAUUUUAUGAUGAAUGCAGGAGCGGGUGCUGUCGAUACACAGGCACAAUUAAUGCAGACCACAAAUCCAGCGGCCGCUGCUGCGGCUGCUGCUGCUGCAGCCGCUGUGGCCGCCACACCGGCUCAAACUGCUGCCGCUGCAGCGGCUGCUGCUCAAUUGCAACAACAACAGCAAGUCCAGCAGGCCAUAUUGCAAGUGCAGCAGCAGCAGACCCAACAGGCUGUGGCCGCGGCAGCUGCCGCCGUUACACAGCAGUUGCAACAGCAGCAGCAACAGAACCAGGCCAAUGGUAAUGGCAAUGCCAGCAAUGGCAGCACCGAGACUCGUACUAAUCUUAUAGUCAACUAUUUACCACAAACCAUGACCGAGGAUGAGAUACGUUCGUUGUUCUCAAGUGUAGGUGAAAUUGAGUCUGUAAAACUUAUACGAGAUAAAUCCCAGGUGUAUAUUGAUCCACUUAAUCCACAAGCACCCUCUAAGGGUCAGAGUUUAGGCUACGGUUUCGUAAAUUAUGUGCGUCCUCAGGACGCUGAGCAAGCCGUCACUGUAUUGAACGGUUUACGUUUACAAAAUAAAACGAUUAAGGUGUCCUUUGCUCGGCCAUCAUCGGAUGCCAUAAAGGGUGCCAAUCUUUAUGUAUCCGGACUGCCAAAGACAAUGACUCAACAAGAAUUAGAGGCAAUUUUUGCGCCUCAUGGUUCGAUUAUAACUUCGAGAAUUCUACAAAAUGCUGGUAAUGAUGCACAAACGAAGGGUGUGGGUUUUAUACGUUUUGAUAAGCGGGAGGAAGCUACUCGAGCGAUUAUUGCUUUGAAUGGUACUAUACCGCCUAAUUGUACCGACCCUAUUGUAGUAAAAUUUUCGAAUACACCUGGCAGCACCAGUAAAAUUAUACAACCGCAAUUGCCCGCCUUCCUUAAUCCCCAAUUGGUUAGGCGCAUUGGUGGAGCUAUGCAUACGCCGGUUAAUAAAGGUUUAGCCCGUUUUUCACCUAUGGCCGGUGAUAUGUUGGAUGUUAUGCUACCUAACGGGUUGGGAGCAGCUGCCGCUGCCGCUACCACACUUGCGAGCGGGCCCGGCGGCGCUUAUCCCAUAUUUAUUUAUAACUUGGCUCCCGAAACUGAAGAAGCUGCCUUAUGGCAAUUAUUCGGUCCUUUCGGAGCAGUGCAAUCCGUUAAAAUUGUCAAGGAUCCCACUACCAGUCAAUGCAAAGGCUAUGGUUUCGUAUCGAUGACAAACUACGAAGAGGCAGCGAUGGCUAUACGAGCUUUGAAUGGCUACACUUUGGGUAACCGUGUACUGCAAGUCAGUUUCAAGACAAACAAAUCAAAGUAAAUGCUUUUUUUAUUAUUAUUUUUUCAAUUCUUUUUAACACCUUUUUUUUUUUUUGUUCUAAAUUCUCAAAUAUUUAACCAAAAACGAGAAAAAACACAUCUCUUACGGUCUAAACUAAAAAGGUAAUAACUAAGCAAAAGAAAAAGACAAAAAAAAAAAAAUAAUAAGCAAAAAAGAUGAGAGAAAUUUGAAGGGAAACAAAAGAUUUUUCUUAAAACAAAUUUUGGCUAAGAGCAAGAACGAAUUCGAAAGAAAUUUUCAAAUGAACUACAGAAGUAAUUUUUUUCUCCAUGUUGAGUUUUUUUGAGAAUUUCUCUUCCAUAUCAGGAGAAAAUAUGCAAAAUUAAUGGCAUGCCGCACUUAAGGAAAUUGUUAAUUGAUUUUGAAAAACA